AGCUUUAGGCUCGCAGCGAGCCCCCCCCCGGAUUUGACAGAUCCAGCGAUGGCUGCCGUGGGCCCACUGGGGGAGCCCAGCGAGUGGGGCAGCGCCCGGAACUUUAAAGUGGCGCUGAGGAGAUGGGCGCCCCAGGCCGCUCCCAAGGCAGCGGUGAUCAUCUUGCACGGCGGCGUGGGCUGGCACAGCGGCUACUUUGAUGUCUUCGGGAAGGCGUUGCAAGCUGCGGGCUAUGCAGCAGUGGCCUAUGACCAGGUGGGCUGCGGAUAUUCAGAAGGCGUACCUGGCUAUGUCGACAGCUACGAGGAAGUGGUGGGCGACCUUCAGAUGCGACUGGAGGAGGACUCUUCGCCCAUGCAGGAGCAGAAGCGCUACAAGUGUCCGGUCUUUGUCUACGGAGAGUCUGCCGGCGGACUGCUGGCACUCCGCCAUGGUGUCGGAAGGGCCGCUGCGGGACUUCCCCCCGGACCUGCCGAAGGCUACUUGCUGAGCGGUCCUUUGGUGAAAAUCAAACAGGAGAUGAUCCCGCCACCUUGUGUAGUCGGAAUCGUCAAGAUUCUGUCCAGAUUCUUUCCUCGCCUGCCACUUCCUGGCAUUGAUGUCGUCUCCACCUUCGAUGCUGCCUUCGGGGACAAACGAUGGGCCGCGGCUGGCAAGGCGGACCCAGUGGUCCGGCGGGUAAUGGACGCUCGCAUGCAUGUGAGG